UUGAGGAUGUUUGGUGACUCUCUGAGGAAUCAACUUUGAAACAAAAGCCAACUAUGUCCUCAGCCUGCCAAUAUCGUGCUCCGGAUUCGCCGAUGGGUUCUGAGGAUGGUUCCAGGUACGGAACCUCCGUCAGUGGCUCCUCUGACGGCUCUGGAGGAAGCUCCGAGGGUUCCUCCACCGGAACUUCUUCCGAAGGUUCCCUGGAUUUGCCGUAUCCGGGAUUUGCACCUGUCGCCCUGAGAUAUCUUACACAAGAUUCGAGGCCUAGAAGUUGGUGUUUGAAACUCAUUACUAAUCCAUAUCCUUUUUCAAAUAUAAAUAAAUUUUAA